UGGCGCCCAAAAUAUAGGUAUAUCCACGGCGACAAGGUGCCGAUGACCACGAUCAACCAGACCGACCGACACGUUCUGAGGUGGAUAGGUAACAGGUGCACGUUAUCGGAGCUGGCUACUAUGCACCAACAAUCGUCUUUCCCUUCGCCGCACCAUUUCCCUCCCUUCUUCUACCUCGUCAAACGAUGGAGAUGAUGAAAUUUCACCAGCAACCCACUUCUACGCCUCCUUCGCCUUUGCGCUCUCCCGGUUUUUCGGCGCACGCAAACUCCUCUUCGGCCGCCUCGUGACCGGCCGAUCUGCGCUUCCCGCGGCACUGCAGAACGUGAUCGGACCGACCAUGACGGAACUCCCUGUCUGCGUUUUUGUCUCGGGUCACGACACCUUGAGCAGCGUCGCUAAGCGGCUGCAGGAGCAAUUCAUUGAGGAGUCGAAGUACGAAGCGGUGGGGAUGAGGGAGAUUAUCAAAGGCGCUACAGACUGGGAUUGGGAAGGGGUAGAAGGGGAGAAGGAAAGGGAUUUUGGGUGGAGGACUGCUUAUCAGCGGGGGAAUGAAACCGGCAGUAGUAGUAAUGAGGAGGAAGGGAUUGAAGUUGGGUUGUUCGAGAAGGGGGAAGUAGAGUUCUAUGAGAGGGAGAUGCCGGCUAGAGAGAGACCAGAGGUAUAUGCUACGCCUGAUAGAGAGAGUGGGGUGUUGGUUUUGGAAUUUGAGGGUAGUAAGGAGUGGGCGAGGGGGGUGGGGAUUGGAAAAGAAGGGGUGAGGAGGUUUUUGGAAGUUUUAGGAUGUGUUUUAAGUGGUGAUUUGGGUCCUCACGUGAGGUAA